AUGGCCUCCUGUCGGCAGCCCGACUCCUGCCUGGUCGGCAGCCCCCUGGCCCUGAUCUCGUUGUCCCUUUCGGUCAUCCCUGCUGCAGCUGGAACCUACUGCGACUGCAGCCUUGGCCUCAGCCGCGAGGCCCUCAUUGCCCUGCUUGUGGUGCUGGUGGGCAUCAGUGCCAGCUGCUUCUUUGCUCUUGUCAUUGUGGUUGUUGGUGUCAUUCGAGCCAAGAGUGAAACAUGCCAUGAAACCAUGGACAACAGUUUGGUGGGGCACUUCGGGGUCCAGGAAGAUCACAUGGACCUGCAAGAGGAGCACAUGGACCUGCAAGAGGAGCACAUGGACCUGCAAACGGUGCGUGUGGAGUCCCAAAUCAUGGACCCCAACCUGGAGGAUCAGGGCCUCAUCACCAUCCCCAUGGACCCCAUGGACCUCUCCCUGACUCAAGAGGAGCUGCCUCUUUGUGAUCCCCUACCUGAGUAG